GAGGGAGAGAGAGAGGGAGGAUGCUGCCAGCGGAAAAUGGCUGCUGCAACCUCAAGCCUAUCCUAAUACACCGAAACGACAUCAAGGUGGAGAGAGAGAGUGCGAGAGGAAGAGAGAGGGGAGGAAGAGAGAGGAAGAUUAGGAAAAUGAGAGCAGAUAGAGAGAGAGAGGAUGUGAGCGAGCCUGAGAGUGUUUCCUGAAAGGAGGAUAAAAAAAGAGAGAGAGAGGAGAGACCCUGGGGUGGGCUGCUGCAAGCGGCGGGCAACACCGAGCCAUGGAGGGCGAUGUGCGUGUUCGUGCAGUGGUGAUGACACGUGAUGACUCCAGUGGCGGUUGGGUGCCCCUUGGAGGUGGCGGCCUCAGUCAUGUGGUCAUAUGUAAAGGGCGGAGUCAAGACGGCAGGGGGCGGAGAGAAUACAUCAUACGUGGAGAGCGGCUGCGAGAUCGAGCACCGGUGUUGGAGUGUGCAGUGCAAAGGGGGUUAGUGUACAACAAGGUGAACCCCAUCUUCCAUCACUGGCGAGUAGAAGAUCGAAAGUUUGGCCUUACGUUCCAGAGUCCUGCCGACGCCAUCUCCUUCGAGAAAGGGCUCCAGACUGUCAUAGACAAGCUGGACAGAGGCUCUGACUCGCCCUCGUCCUCCACACCAGAAGAGGCCGACACCGAGGAUGAUGGACAAGCUUCUCAUACAGGAAGUGAGUCGUCGUCCAACAGCAGAAAGGAGAUGCUUCCCAAACCCCUCACCAUAGUGACGAGCGAGUCGUCGUCUACCUGCUUCGUUCUGUCGGAAGAGUUUAGUUUUGGAUCCAGCCAUGCAGUCACCACUCAGACGCCUGCUCAGAUCCACACCAGGCCGGGACAGCUCUCACAAAUGACGACUGUGUUGAAUCCCGCCAUCGCCAUCCGGCCCCCGCCUCCUGCUCCGCCUACUCCUCCUAUGGGUCCCACGGCCUCAUCUCCUCUGUCCCCCCUCUCACCCACCAUCUCUCUGCUGGAGGAGGGAGACCUGCACAGUGUGGACCCUUGCAAAGACCUGUGGGGUUCUCGAGGUUACGAGGACUACCGGCGGGCGGGGGCCACUAGGACUAUGGUCGGGGGGCUGACCGGGGGUGUGGUUGUCGGUGGAGGAGUGAGUGUCCAGGACAAGUCGGAGCUGUGCGUUGUUCGCUUUGAGAAGGAUCUGGCAGGGGUGGGGACGGCGGGCUGCGACGUGACGGUGCCUCUGGACAGUAAAGCUGCUCAGAGGCUGUCCUCGUCGUCGCCCACCUGCAUGUCCAUGCCCAACGCCGUGUCAGGCGUGUCCUCACCCGCCGGGUCCCCCCAGGAGACCUGCAAAGGCUCGCCCUCCCCCUGCUGCAUCCACACCUCACUUGGCACGCCCCGGUCGCGGACACGUAAGAGAGGAGGAGGAGGAGGAGGGGCCAGUGGUGGUGGUGACCCAGGGGUGAUCUCCCCUGACGACGACAGCCCGUGUCCUCAGGGUUCAUCUUCAUGCUCAUCACGUUGUGUGUACUGCCGCUCUGUUUUCAGCACUUCGGAGAACGGGCGGGGCCGCUGCAGAGACGCCCCGGACCCCGCCCUGCACUGCCUGCGCCAGUGGACCUGUGUGUGGUGCGCAGAGAGUCUGCUCUACCACUGCAUGUCGGACUCUGAGGGGGAGUUCUGGGAGCCUUGCUCGUGUGAAGACUCGCUGGGGGGCCACCCACACCCCCUGUGCUGUGCCCGCUGGUUGGCCCUCGUGGCCCUGUCCCUCUUCGUGCCCUGCAUGUGCUGCUACCUGCCUUUGCACGCCUGCCUGCGGUGUGGGGAGAGGUGUGGCUGCUGUGGGGGAAAGCACAAGGCGGUCCGAUGA